ACGCGGGCGCUCCUUGGCGGUUGUGGAGGGUACCGGCCGGUGAGGGAGCGGCGCUGAGCCGUGCUCGCUACACAGCCCUGCCCUGCCCUGCCCUGCCCUGCCCUGCCCUGCCCUGCCCUGCCCUGCCCUGCCCUGCCCUGCCCUCAGCCGCUGCGGGGCCCAGCUCAGUCCUGCAAGCGAAGGAUUUUCAAAUACACGAUGAAUCCGCUCGUGGACCUUCUGCUGUUUUUCGGCACGCUCAUCUACUCCUACUUAGAGGCCUUUGUGAAGCUGUUUGUCCCCGUGAAGAGAAAGUCUGUCAGCGGAGAGCUCGUUCUCAUCACGGGGGCUGGCCACGGCGUAGGGAGAGCGACUGCCCUGGAGUUCGCCAAGCGCGGAAGCAGGCUGGUUCUGUGGGACAUCAACAAGCAUGGCGUUGAGGACACGGCAGCAGAAUGCGAAAGGCUGGGAGCCACUGUUGGAGCCUUUGUGGUGGACUGCAGCAAGAGGGAGGAAAUCUACAGCGCUGCAGAGAAGGUGAAGAAGGACAUUGGGGAUGUCUCCAUCCUGGUGAACAACGCUGGUGUGAUUACAGCUGCCGACCUGCUCUCGACUCAGGACCACCAGAUUGAAAGGAUGUUUGAAGUCAACAUUCUGGCUCACAUGUGGACCACAAGAGCUUUCCUGCCAACCAUGAUGAACAACAACCACGGUCACAUUGUCACAGUUGCUUCGGCAGCAGGUCAUCUUGUGACUUCUUUCAUGGUAGCUUAUUGUUCAAGCAAGUUUGCUGCGGUUGGAUUUCACAAGGCUCUGACAGAGGAGCUGUCUACCUUGGGAAAGGAUGGGAUAAAAACUACGUGUCUUUGUCCAGUUUUUAUAAACACGGGGUUUGUCAAAAACCCCAGUACAAGGCUUGGAAAGAUUUUGGAGAUUGAAGAAGUUGUCGAGGCCCUGAUGGAAGGAAUACUGACCAACCAGAAAAUGGUUUUUGUUCCGUCACAUCUAAGCAUUGCUCUACUUUCUGAAUUGUUGUUUCCAGAACGCACCCUGAAUGUUCUGAAAAAGCUGACUGCUGCCAAGUUUGAUGCAGUCAUUGGGCAGAGAAGCACCCAGUGAAAAGCAAAAGAUUACUCUCAUUUCCCAGUGGCACAGGUGAAAACAGAACAUGUGCUGAGCAUAGUUGAGCUGGUUUGAUCCAGAGCUGAACUGAGACACGUGCUCCCAGGCCACCAUUGCCAAGCGCACCUAAGGGUUUCUCCCCCACCUGCAGCAGGGACACAGCUGUAUAACAGGGAGUGUUAACAAAGCACAGCCACAGCUCUACAAGUCUGAAGGGCUUUGGCUGUCCAUGGUGUCGCCUCCAUCUCCUGGCGCUGAGGCAGACAGGAAUUCCCACAAAGCCCGUUUUUGGACAGCACAGAGUGAGUGCAAAGGCAUUGCCUGAGAAUAUGUUAAUCUGGACUCGUCCCUGAGCAAAGGUGUCUUGCAAGAAGCAAUUUAUAGAGCAGGUGGGUGGCCUGUUUCACCUCAAUUUAUCUUUUCAAAUUUAAAAAAAAGUGCUCUAAUGAA